AUGAAGUUUCUUCCCCUUCCAGAGUUUGAAGACGUGACCAGUUCUCUCAAUUUUGAUACGACUGAUUGUCACAUCGUUGGUGGUUGUGACAUUUACACGACCAAGGCGGCACGCUCCGAUCGGAAGCUUUACAAUCAUAUUGAGCAGUCGCUUGAGGCUCAAUAUGAAUCGGUUCUUCGAUUUUCGGCUUCACUAUCCCCUCCGAAUGCGCACGAUGCCGCCGAGACUCUUAACUUAUCACGAUCUAGCCCGUUUGGACCCCUGAGCGACCAUUCGAGCCGACGGACAUUUGCGUAUCUGAUCGCCACUUUGAACGCAAGUCAUCCAGACUAUGACUUCUCACACGUACUACGCCCCACUGAUUUCCGACGCGAACGGAAUCUGAAGCGCGUCAUGAACACAGUCGAUUCAACACUACUCAAUCUGCGACCGCGCGAGAACAUUAAUUUGUCUCCUGCAUCCCCUGCGACGCUUUCCGGAUCAUACACAGCAGGAUCAUCUUCCGCGUGGGGCCCGCGGGUAUGGAAAACGAUAGAUGAACACAUGUCGCUCAAGGAGUGUUCGAUUUACUCGUAUUCUCCGGAGGAGGACCCCUCCGAUGCCGAUGAUGGGGCUAUCUGGAGUCUACAUUUCUUCUUCUUCAACCCGACUCGCAAGCGCGUCUGUUAUAUCUUCCUGCGUGCUAUUCCUAUACUUAGCCACACUCCGGACGAGAUGGUAGCUACGCCUACUGGGAAGCGGGAUUACGACGAGGGAUACCUCACACCAGACCUCAGCUCCAGCAAGCGUGCCAAGUACUGGUUCGGAGAACGCGCCAGAUCGACCCUAAUCGCCAGCGACAGCGAUGAUGAGAUGGAUCGCCCUCCCAAGACAAUCCGAACUACCACUGACGACUAUGAUACUUAUGUGAUUAGUGACGACGACGACAAUCUCCCAACCAGUCGUCGUGGAGUCCGAGCGAUGAGUGAGGAAAUUGCAGACUCGAUGGAAGUCUAA